AUGACGCAGGUGGGUAGCAUUUUAAGGCUGUUUAAGGGCGUGCCGUGCGACUACGACGACUACUACUGCUACUACUCCGGUCUUCGGGAUUUAAGCCUCAAGUAUCGGGGUUUUCGUUUGAAAAAUGGGAUGGCUAUUGUUACACAUGCGACGGAGAAAGAAAUGGGGUCGGGAACGGUCUUUGAAAGGACCUUCAUUGACGAACAGCCAAUCGCGGAGGCAGAUGGUGGUCACAGCGAGGACGUCAUGAUGCGCGGGGUGGAGGGUCACUUUGGUGGAGUUGGGAGCAAAGACACCGAGAAAGUAGGAGGGGCCUUCUGCGGGUGCAUUGGCGGGGAGAGACACGGGAUAGGUUGGGGGGAUAGGAGAGUCUUUGGGGGGAGUGCUCGGUGCGAGGAGGGACAGCGUGUAAAACAGACGCACACCAUACUCCGAGACGAUCUUGUCCUGCGCAAAGAGGGUAGACACCUCAGGGAAAGCGACUUGCGCAUGCUGUCCGAGCUUGGACGCGAGCAGAACGCCUCAGAUCAAGCAAAUCGUGGACUGAAGAAGUUGGACGUUCCUCCAGCUAAUGAGAUAAGCAAGUCCCGAGGACGCAGAUCUACGUCAAGUCAAGAGUUGAUACCAAAGCUGUACUUCUAUAUUAGCGCGAAGCUGCUUCCAGUGAAAGAGGAAUCGCAAACGAAGUGGAGGGUACACACUUCGCGCCAAACAAACCCUCGCUCAUCUCCACCCAGCAGCGAGCCCUCCGACAAGCAACGAAGAAAGGUGGGGGUCGGGAGCGGGGAGUACGGCAAGACAUCUCUCCAGGUCGGCAUCUUGAGCCAAGGAUCCGACCGAAUGUACCGCAAGCACUAUGGAACCCAAAGCAGCAUCCAUCAACAGGCGCACAUACCGUCCGUCGGGUCACACAGAGCUCUGAGAAAUGUAUAG